CCGUAUUUCCCAUUACGCAAAUUACGCCUAGGCGUAAGGCGGCAAAACUGGGGAGGCGGCAAAAUUUCAAACAAUUAUCAGGAAAACUCUUAAACUGAAAUUAUAUACGGGGCCAUCACCCAAAAUCUAUUUUACGUAUAAUACAGCUAAAAAUGAAUGAAUGUUUGGUAGGUUUCCAAUGAAAUCUAAAGUCUCCGCCCCGCCGUAACAUGGUCGGGCAGAAGUACAAUUGUUGGGAAUGAUUAUUUUAUCUGACUGUAACAAAAGGAUACCGCUUAUCUGCCGCGCGAUUGCCGCAAAGAAGCCGCUUUAGAUAAGAGCCGCGCUACUGAUAGUAGUCAAAGGAAGUCGUAAGUGAACGUCUCGAUUUUUCUAGUAAACUACUUAACUACCUACUGGAAAUUCCUAGAACAUUCAGGAAACCCUGCCGGUAGGUAUAUAAAGCGAACAGUUACAGCUGUGUGCUGUGUGCUAUCACCAGACAGUUGAAGAUAUGAGUGAGAGAGUGACUAGCAGACAGAUUGGCUAGACAGAGUGGUUUUAGUAGUGAGAUAGUGUUAAGUAAGUGUUAUUAGUUAUUAUUUGUAAAGAAGUAGAAGAGUGAAGAGUAUUGAGUAUUAGAAAUCUGUAAAUAUUAGUAGGUAAAUAGUGCAAGUAUUGUUAUACUUAUAAGUGGACUUGUUGAAAUAAAGUAGUAGUUUAAAGUUUUAAAGUGAGUUGUUGGUUUAUUGAAGAACGAAGAACCCAAGGAAAAUACGACGGGUAAAAGUCGUAACAAUAUUCAAUAUUGUUCAUCCCAGUCAGUUAGUUUAAACUGUUUAAAGUGUCGAGUCCAGUGUCGCAAAAUUUUCAACACUAUGAGUGACGGCCGAAAACGAUUAAGUGGAGCGCAAUACAAGACGCUUGCUGAGGAAAAGCGGAGAAAACUUCAUGCAGUUUUAGACAAAACAAAAAAAUUAAACAACUAUUUUUUAAUUAAACCUACAACUACAACUUCCAAAGCGCAAACACAUGAUUCGGAUUCGGAAUCGGAGACUGUUACUGCUGUGUCUGCUGUACCUAUACCACCAGAUAAUGCGGAAGCGAUGGACACGGAGCCAAGUGAGAGGUCAGAAUCUAAAAUAGAAGCAUCUGCAUGUGCAUCAGCUUCAGUAAAUCCACAAUGUUUACAAGCAGUUAUCAGUAACGACCCUGCCGAAUGGAAGGCCAACGAUGCUACUAUCGAUUAUUUGUUGUCCUUACCAAAUGAAAUAUGCCAAAAUACAGAUGAGGAUUUUUCACUAACAAAAACUGUUAUUAGCAAUAAGACACGGUAUCUUACUAAGAACGUUUUCCGUCGGAAACUUGCCAAUGAGGAAGAACAACCUCGUAGAUACUUAAUAUAUUCACCAUCAAAGAAAUCCCUGUUUUGCAUUCCAUGUCGUCUUUUCGGAGGAACCUCAAAAAUGGCCACUGAUGGCGUAAAUGAUUGGAGUAAUGUAAAUAAAAUUUUGAAUUUACAUGAAAACUCCCACGAACACGCCAAAUCCCAAGUAACCUUAUUGCGGCGUCAACAAAAGCAAAACCAAAUUGAUUCAUUGCUGUGUCAGCAAAUAAGACUCGAAGAAGAUUACUGGCGAAAAGUGUUAAAGCGGGUGGUUGCAGUGACUAAAAAAUUGGCUUCCAGAGGUUUACCGUUUAGAGGAACAGUUGAAAAAUUCGGCAAUCCAAACAACGGAAACUUCAUGAUGUGUCUGGAGCUCAUAGCGGAAUUUGAUCCAUUUUUAGCCACGCAUGUAUCUCAGCACGGAAAUCCGGGACGUGGUAAAACGUCAUACCUCUCAUCUACAAUAUGUGAAGAAUGUAUCGACUUAAUGUCGACUGAGGUUCUGAAUCACAUUAUGUCCGAAAUUGGAAAGUCAAAAUACUAUUCAAUUAUAAUUGACUCAACACCCGACAUGGCACAUAUUGAUCAAUUAUCCGUAAUCAUCAGAUAUGUUACAGAAAAUGGAAAACCAGUAGAGCGCUUCGUUGGCUUUUUGCCAAAUGUGGGACAUAAAUCUGAAGAUAUGGAAAAUGCUGUAAUUUCUAAAUUGGAGAAGCACAAUUUGGAAUUAAAACAUUGUCGAGGUCAGUCCUACGACAACGCUAGUAAUAUGUCCGGCUGUUACAGUGGUUUACAAGCAAGGAUUUUGAAACGCAACCCGCUCGCUGAUUACCUACCAUGUGCCGCCCAUUCAUUGAAUUUGGUUGGCGUCUGCGCUGCCGAAUGUGCCGGAAAGGCUGUAAGGUUUUUUGAAACGGUGCAGAGCCUAUAUACUUUUUUCUCGGCGUCUACUCGUCGUUGGGAAAUUCUACUUUCCAAUUUAAAACCCGGCGCUAAAGUUCCAAAACGGGUCGACGGAACAAGAUGGUCUGCACGCCAAGAUGCUUUAAUGAGCUAACGCGGGAGCUGGAGCAAUUAUUUAAAUGCUUUGACAACAAUUGAAGAAGCGGUUUCAGAAAAACCAACGGUUCGAACGGAGGCAGCUGGGAUUAAACGUCGCUUAAACCGUUUCGAAUGUGCCUUCAUAUCGGUUUUUUGGGAAGUGAUAUUAGAGCGUUUCCAUAAAACCAACAAAACUCUUCAGGGCGUCGAUAUCGAUACUGGCGACGUAACUAGACUCUUUUUAUCAUUGAUAAAUUUUGUCAAAUCUUUGCGAAAUACUGCCAUGUUUGAAACGUACAUUGACAAAGCCAAAAAUAUUAUGGAUGAAAGAUACGAUGAUGACCAUCAAAGAAAUCGGAGACGUAAACUUUUCCCAGAUGAAAAUAGGGAUGGUGACACAAUUCUGACAGGAAGGGAACAGUUAAAAGUGGACACAUAUUUUUCUAUACUUGAUAGGGUUUCAAUGGAACUGAACAAAAGAUAUGAAGCAUAUGACAGUGUUUUCAAAAAAUUUGGAUUCUUUUACGUUAUAAAAGAAAGUUCGCAAGAACAGUUAAUCAAAAGUGCCAGGUACCUACAGGAAUGUUAUAAGGACGAUCUGGAGGAUGCGUUUCCAACAGAAUGUUUGCAUUUCUCGGAACUGUUAAAAGAAACAGACAUAAAAUACGAAAAAUGCACUUUAUCAAAUAUGCUCUCGCACAUUCGACAAUACAAUUUGGAAGCAGUUUUCCCCAACGUUGAAAUCGCCCUACGUAUAUUUGUUGCUAUGGCUGUCACAGUUUGUUCGGCGGAGCGCUCAUUUUCUACCCUCAAACGAUUAAAGACGUAUUUAAGAUCAACAAUGGAACAAGAGCGAUUAAAUGCAUUGACAAUUUUGACGAUAGAAUCUGAUUUGACAACAAGCUUAGAUUUUGAUAAUAUUAUAAACUCGUUUGCGGCUAUGAAAUCCCGGCGAAAACUAAUAUAAUAUUAUUAUAGUUCAUAUAGUUGUGAAAAUAAAUAUUUAAAUUUAAAAUUCUGGUUUUAUUGCUGUUUUUACCUAGCUAACCUAAGGGCGGCAUUUUUUAACUGGCGUAGGGCGGAA